AAUGCAGAUACCUAUUGCAAGAUAUCUAUUUGCAUUUUAAUGCAUUUAAGUAUCAUCUCUAUUAUUACUUUAACAACCCCAUAAACCCUUAGUUGGGUAGUCAAGAGCCGCAAAACUGCUGUCCACGUGGACUGGUGCUGACAUUUCUCGCCCGGCUACAAGAGCCUCUCCAUCUAAACCUAGAGAAAUGGCAACAAAUGGAACAAAAGUUGCUGAUGGGCAAAUUUCCACAGAACUCAGUGAUGCCUCAAUCACCAAUGACAAACCUAAAACCCUGGUAGUGAAGGUGCAGAAGAAAAAAGGAGACCUUCCAGCCAGAGAUACUUGGAAAGGAAGAUUUGACUUUCUUAUGUCCUGUGUGGGUUACGCAAUUGGCUUAGGGAAUGUGUGGCGGUUUCCAUACCUUUGUGGGAAAAAUGGAGGAGGGGCUUUCCUGAUUCCGUAUUUCCUUACUUUAAUUUUUGCCGGAGUUCCCCUGUUCCUUUUGGAAUGUUCACUAGGUCAAUUCACAUCAAUAGGAGGUCUUGGAGUUUGGAGGCUUGCUCCAAUGUUCAAAGGUGUGGGAUUAGCUGCUGCUGUGCUUUCUUUCUGGCUAAAUAUUUACUACAUCGUGAUUAUUUCCUGGGCCAUAUAUUACUUAUACAACUCUUUCACUGCAAAUCUUCCCUGGAGAAGCUGUGGAAACUCAUGGAACACAGAGCGCUGCUUCUCUAACUACAGUAUAGCAAAUACCACCAACAUGACAAGUGCUGUUAUGGAAUUUUGGGAACGCAACAUGCACCAAAUGACCGAUGGAUUAGAAAAACCUGGUCAAAUUCGUUGGCCGUUAGCAGUGACACUAGCAAUUGCUUGGAUUUUGGUGUAUUUCUGCAUUUGGAAGGGAGUAGGCUGGACUGGAAAGGUGGUAUACUUCUCUGCCACAUAUCCAUAUGUCAUGUUGUUUAUCUUGUUCUGCCGUGGAGUGACAUUACCUGGGGCAAGAGAAGGCAUUUUAUUCUAUAUAACUCCUAAUUUUUCCAAGCUCUCAGACUCUGAGGUUUGGCUGGAUGCUGCCACACAGAUCUUUUUCUCCUAUGGUUUGGGUCUUGGUUCAUUGAUUGCUCUAGGAAGCUACAACCCUUUCAACAACAAUGUUUACAGGGAUUCCAUCAUAGUAUGCUGCAUAAAUUCAUGUACAAGCAUGUUUGCUGGUUUUGUUAUCUUCUCUAUUGUUGGAUUCAUGGCUCAUGUAACUAAGCGUGACAUUCAAGAAGUUGCAGCAUCAGGUCCUGGGCUUGCAUUUUUAGCCUAUCCAGAAGCAGUGACUCAGCUACCGGUCUCUCCACUGUGGGCAGUACUGUUCUUUUCGAUGCUGCUUAUGCUUGGAAUAGACAGCCAGUUUUGUACUGUUGAAGGAUUCAUAACAGCUCUAGUGGAUGAAUUUCCAAAGUUGUUACGAACUCGAAGGGAAAUUUUCAUUGCCAUUGUGUGUGUCAUUUCCUAUUUGAUAGGACUAUCCAAUAUUACUCAGGGUGGAAUAUAUGUGUUCAAGCUCUUUGACUAUUACUCUGCAAGUGGAAUGAGUCUCUUGUUUCUUGUAUUCUUUGAGUGUAUCUCCAUAUCCUGGUGCUAUGGUGUGAACAGAUUUUAUGACAACAUCCAGGAGAUGGUUGGGUACCGACCCUGUAUCUGGUGGAAACUAUGCUGGUCUUUCUUCACUCCAAUCAUUGUAGCUGGUGUAUUUAUCUUCAGUGCUGUCCAAAUGACUCCUCUCACUAUGGGCAAUUAUGUAUUCCCAAAAUGGGGCCAAGGUGUUGGCUGGUUCAUGGCUCUAUCAUCUAUGGUGCUGAUUCCAGGCUACAUGGCAUAUAUGUUCCUCACUUUAAAGGGUUCCUUAAAACAGCGAAUCCAAGUAAUGAUUCAGCCAAGUGAAGACAUUACUCAUCCCGAAAAUGGACCUGAACAAGCCCAGCAGAGCAAUUCUGCAAAUAAAGAAGCAUAUAUAUAAACCUGUGUCUUUGAAAUGAUACAAACCCUCUUCUAUGGGAAACACAUACAAAAAAGAAACAUGGUUGAAUAUGACCACAAAUUUAUGUCUGAGAAUAAAAUUACCUACCUCUAGUGGCACUAAAGACCAUCACCACUAUAAGGGAAGCAAUGUGGGUAUGAUCAAACCAUUUUGUGGGCUUAGGUGUUGACAAUGUUUUUGUGUUUUCUGGCAAUCCAUAGACUGUUAACAUUUUUAUUAUCUCUUCGUAAGAGUUGAAUACCUUUGAAAUUUAUAAACAACAUGUAGGCCAUUUUUAAUCUACCUUUUAGUGCAACAAAUUUGACAUUUUGUGCAGCUGCUUUUUAGUAGUUUAUUAAUAAAUUUCUUACAGUUUGAAUCCCGACUGUUAUUUCUGGGAACAGUUAAAUUAGAAAGCUGUUUUGUAUACACCAGCAAGGUAUUUUUUACAAAGAAAAUUACAGUGAAAAUACUGCCCGAAAAACAUUAAUUUUAUUUCUGAGUUAGUUUUUCUAAUUUUCUUGACAAUCUCCUUAACUACAGUGGUUUAUUGAACCAUUCACAUAGAAAUGCUAUUAGGAAGUUAUUUCUAUGUAUACAGCAUGGAUCAAAUUAGAGAACUACCUACAUUUCUAUUGGGCCUCAAACAUUCAAUAUGUAGCCUUUAUUUUAUAGUGAUAUAUCUUUUAGAAUAUUUUCAGUGGAAGAGCCAUCUUUCAAAAUACUGGGAACAUUUUUUAUAGAAUCAGUCAUAAGGAUAUAUACUUAUAUUAAAACUGUGACAAGCCCCUUUCUCAAAAGUUGCCAUAAC